AUGACUUUUAGUUCCAAACUAUGUCACAUUACUCUAAUACUGUCGAAAUCACUUAAAGCUGUCGCUUACUUCGAAGCCUUUCUCAGGAAAGUCAUCAGCUGCUCUUCAGGUAUGGUUUUUGCUUACUCUAGCACUCUGCUUAGUGGUUGCAAUUGUGGAAAUUUUCUGCCCUUAGACUUUGUCUCGACACCCUGUGGAUCGAAGGAUUGCGUCUAUGUGGACCCUUCAGGCUUUAUUUGCCUAUCAUUUUUCGACCAUGACAUAAAUCACGACGGAAAUGCACAUCCUGAAGGAACUCACAAAAGCCUAUUUAUUCACAAAGCAUAUGAACUGUUUUCGAAUAUUGGCCUUUCUGACCAUAAGAUCGGGGUUGUUGUUCUUCUCCUCGCGGUGUGUCUGGAUGCCGGGUUUACUGCAUUGUCUAGGAACUUGGUCUCAUCUAUUGGCGGUGCAAAGCGAUUCCAAGCUUUAUCCUCCAUGCUCAGCGUAUGCCUUCUGGUUCCCAUUUUUCUGCUUGUGAAGUUGUGUCGCUCCUGGUGGCUGAGCACUCAGACUUCUCCAGUGUUGAUUGAUCCAGACGAUUUCGGCUCCCUCUCUGAGCACUCAAACACCAAUCACUUGAUUUCGUUAUUUUUGGUCGUCUGCAUCGGCGUUGCAUUUGUGGUGGACUUUUACUUUACCGCGCUCAUCAGCAAUCGCAUUGGACCGCACCGUGUCGCACACUUAUCGAAGGUUUCAAUCGUUUCCCUAGCAAUUUUGUUUUGUCUCUUUUGGCCCACUGGUCUAUCGUUUACCGCCCUAUUGUCAACAACUCAGUCUGAUUCCCCCCAGACACCGACGCCGAGUCACAGUCUCUCCGCUGGUGCACUGUUCGCUACGGCAUCAAUUCUGUACGCAUCCAACCUGCUGCACAGCCCAAAAGUCGGUCAGGGCCCCGAUGGCAGUUCAAGUGGGCACUUCAUUGGCUAUUCAAUGGCAGGUCUUCCUCUGUUCGCUCUUGGCCAAACUCAAAUGCAUACGGUGGGCAUCAGUAAUCAGUCAGAGUCUUUCAGCUUCUGGUAUCAUGUGCGUUCCACGUUGAGGAGCAUAAUGUCUGAGCGCUCAUCGCGAAGGAUCUUUGCCUUCCUUUGUUUAAAUUUGGCUUUUACCUUCGUCGAAUUGCUCUACGGUGUGUGGACGAAUAGCCUUGGACUCAUUUCUGACGGAUUUCAUAUGCUUUUCGAUUCCGCUGCCUUGGUAAUUGGAUUGUAUGCUGCCGUUGUCUCCCGCUGGAAACCCACUCGCCUCUUUUCCUACGGUUUUCACAGUGCCGAGGUUUUAUCCGGUUUUGUAAACGCCCUGUUCCUUCUGAUUAUCUCCGGUUCGGUAUUCGUCAACGCACUCGCUCGGAUUCAUCGGCCGCCUAAUAUACAAACGGAUCGUUUAAUGGCUGUUUCUGUUGCUGGACUCCUCGUCAAUCUUGUCGGUGUUUUGGCUCUCGGUCACGCCCACAGUCAUGGAUGCAGUGCUAACCAUGGUCACAGUCACAGCAACCCUACAGCUUGUGAAAAUCACAUUCACAGCCAUGAAUCUUCUUUUCGUAAAUUAAAGCAUCCGCCUACUCUGAACCAUACGAAACGAUUCGAUCAGAACAGACAUAAUUAUCCUCGACGUUCCAACGACGGUGGAGAUGCAAAUCUCCGUGGCGUUUAUCUUCAUGUGUUGGCCGACACACUCGGUAGUAUUGGGGUCAUCUUCAGUUCUUAUCUAGUCACCACCUAUGGUUGGAAUAUCGCGGAUCCCAUUUGUUCCAUGUUCCUCGCCGGUGCAAUUGGAUACUCAGCUGCCCCAUUGUUGCAUGACACUCUGAGAAUUCUUACCUUGCGAGCACCGGCCUUGGAUCAGCCGACCAAUCCGGAGUGGAUCGUUCAUAAGGUUCUCAGCAUAGAUGGAGUCUUAGCGGUAUACAAUCCGUUCGUUUGGUCGCAAGCUCUCCAUGCUACUUGCGUUUCACUUUGUGUGCGAGUGGAUCAGGAUACAUGUGAACAACUAAUUCUGGCUCAGAUUCAAGAUGUCAUAUCUGCCCAUUGUAAUGAUGUCCAUCAUCUCACCAUACAAGUGGAGAAGGAAGUCGUGCAACAUGCUUUGCAGGCUCUUGGUGUAAAACCGACAAUUCUGUUGCAUUUCGCGAGGUUUGAGCAUCCGAACCAUCAGGUAUACUUCUUGGCUAGUCCAACUGACAACUCAGAACUUGGUCGGCGCCUCGUUGCCUCGGAGACAAUCACAGUGUUGCCGAUUUGAAUUUACGUUAUUUUUCACUUCAUGUGUUGUGCCCGCUACAUAUGCGUAUGCCCGCCAGUUGCUGUGCUGUCUGUUGUGUUUUUUCAGAUGAUCUAUUCUGUUUUAUUUUUCUGCUUUGAAAUUCAUACUUUCCCUGCCUCAGUUACGUCGCAUUGUGUCUUUGGUUUAUGCUUCGUCGAACCAAUGGUAUACAAUUUGCCAGACCCUUUGAAAUCAGUUUUUUAGCCUGCACUGCUACCUUGUUUAACUACAGAAAUGGUCCGUUGAAAACCCU